GCUGUGAGUCUGAGGACAACCUGCGCUAUCUAGUGAGCUCAAGACCAGCCUGAACUGCAUAGUGAGACCCUCAAAUCAACAAAAACGUAUUUUCCAGGACUUUCAUUUUUAAAAAUCUGUUUCAGUGAUAAAACUACUUUACAAAUCUUUUUUUUUUUUUUUUUUAGGGGAUCAGGUGUUUAACAACAACUGAAAUGACUUUUAUAAACGGAAUCCCUUGCUAAAUUUAAGUGUCUGCCCACUUUGGUCCUGAACUCCGUGUUUUUCGACAAUUUGUAACUGCCCUGUCUCUUUCUCUUUCUCUGAAACCUGGAAACAAGUGGUUCCUGCUAGUCGUGGAUGGGCGCUUGCUUUCCCCCUCGUGUGCAGGCGGAGAUGCGGCUGAUCCUGCUUGUGCCCCUUCUGCUGGCCUCCGGGCCCGGGUCCUCGGCGCCCGAGGCGAGGCAGCAGAGUGACACCUGGGGCCCCUGGGGCGAGUGGAGCUCCUGCAGCCGGACCUGCGGAGGGGGCAUCAGCUUCCGGGAGCGGCCUUGCUACUCACAGAGGAGGGAUGGAGGCGCCAGCUGCGUGGGCCCCGCCCGGAGCUACCGCACCUGCCGCACCGAGAGCUGCCCCGACGGCGCGCGGGACUUCAGGGCCGAGCAGUGCGCGGAGCUGGACGGCGCCUCGUUCCACGGCCGGCGGUACCGGUGGCUGCCCUACUACGGCGCCCCAAACAAGUGUGAGCUGAACUGCAUCCCCAAGGGGGAGAACUUCUACUACAAGCACCGGGAGGCGGUGCUGGACGGGACGCCCUGCGAGCCUGGAGGACGGGACGUCUGCGUGGAUGGCCGCUGCCGGGUUGUCGGCUGUGACCAGGAGCUAGACUCGUCCAAGCAGGAAGACAAGUGUCUGCAGUGUGGGGGAGACGGCACAACCUGCUACCCGGUCACAGGCACCUUCAGUGCCAACGACCUCAGUCGAGGCUACAACCGGAUCUUCAUCAUUCCCCCUGGGGCCACCAGCAUCCGCAUUGAGGAGGCUGCGGCCAGCAGGAACUUCCUGGCCGUGAGGAGCGUGCGUGGGGAGUAUUACCUCAACGGGCACUGGACCAUCGCCGAGGCCAAGGCCCUGCCGGUGGCCAGCACCGUCCUGCACUACGAACGGGGUGCCGAGGGUGACCUGGCCCCUGAGCGGCUCCAGGCCCGGGGCCCCACCUCAGAGCCCCUGAUUAUCGAGCUCAUCAGCCAGGAGGCCAACCCCGGCGUGCGCUACGAGUACUACCUGCCCCUGCGCAGCCCCGGGCCCAGCCCCGCCUUCGGCUGGAGCUACACCUCGUGGGGCGACUGCAGCGCGGAGUGUGGCGGGGGCCAGCAGUCCCGCCUGGUGUUCUGCGCCAGUGACAGCGAGGCCUACCCCUCCCACAUGUGCCAGCGCCAGCCUCGGCCAGCUGACCGUCGCCCCUGCAACCCCCAGCCUUGCCCACAGACCAAGCGGACCUCUUACCUGUACCGGCCCGGAGCGUGGCGCCAUGCUGGGGCCCAGCGUGUGUGUGGGAACAGCUGGAAGGUAGGGCCGUGGGCACCCUGCUCAGCCUCCUGCGGGGGCGGCUCCCAGUCCCGCCCUGUCUACUGUGUCUCGUCUGACGGCGCUGGAGGCCAGGAGGCCGCUGAGGAGGCCGAGUGUGCCGGCCUGCCCGGGAAGCCCCCUUCCACACAGGCUUGUAACCUGCAUCGCUGCGUGGCCUGGAGUGCCGGGCCUUGGGGAGAGUGUUCUGUCACGUGUGGUGCCGGCAUCCGGAGGCGGAGCGUGGCUUGCCAGGGUGACGAAGGGUCCCUGCUCCCCGCCUCGGCCUGCUCCGGGCAAGACCGGCCACCCCUCACGGAGACCUGUGCGCGAGCAGCCUGCCCCCUCCCCGGGGACCAGGCCUGGCGGGUCAGCGCCUGGGGCCUGUGCUCCAAGAGCUGCAGCUCGGGCACUCGGAGGCGACAGGUCGUCUGUGCCCUCGGACCGCCCGGCCACUGUAGGAACCUGCAGCAGUCGAAGCCCAGGGACGUGGAGCUCUGUAACACGCAGCCCUGCCACCUUCCUCAGGAGGUCCCCAGCGUGCAGGACCCGCGCACCCCCCCCAGGGGCCCCUGGAUGCCUUCGGGCCCUCGGGAGGCCCUGGCCUCAGACUCCAGAGACCAGCGGCCCUGGGUCCCGACUAGACCUGGGGGUGUACAUGGCUCCCCGCCUUCAGCUCCUGGCCCAAACCCAUCUCUGCAGCAGCCCCCAAGGUCUGGCUCAGGGGCCCGAGACUGCAGACACAGCCCCUACGGGUGCUGCCCCGAUGGCCGCACGGCGUCUCCUCGGCCGCAGGGGCAGGGCUGUCCCAGGACCCAAGUCUGGUGUGAGCAGAGCAGGUACGGGUGCUGCCCUGACGGGGUGUCUGCCGCCGAGGGGCCCCAGCAGGCUGGCUGCACCGGGGCUUACGGCAGCAACGACGCUGGGAGGAGGCCGGGGUCCAAGGUGGUGCCUUCCACGGCCCCCAAAGCCCACAGGCCCCAGGCCCAGCAGAAUGAACCCGCUGAGUGCCGGGGCUCCCAGUUUGGCUGUUGCUAUGACAACGUGGCCUCUGCUGCCGGCCCCCGUGGAGAAGGGUGCGAGGGCCAGCCCAGCUCCGCCUACCCAGUGCGGUGCCUGCUGCCCAGCGCCCAUGGCUCCUGCGCAGACUGGGCCCCCCGCUGGUACUUCGUGGCCUCGGUGGGCCUGUGUAACCGCUUCUGGUACGGCGGCUGCCACGGCAAUGCCAACAACUUCGCCUCGGAGCAGGAGUGCAUGAACAGCUGCCGGGGCGCCCAGCACGGGCCCCCCCACCCUGAGCCUGGGGCCACUGGCCCGGGCAUCCCCACAGAUGGCCGUGGCAGCGGUCCCAGAGGCCGGCAGGAGACCAGCAGGCACAGGACAGAGGACACGGUCCCGAGACAGCCCUUACCUUCUGGUGGCCCCUGGCCAAGGGGGCAGCAGCCUGUGCCCGGGGAGGCCCAGCCGACCCGGGCCUUUGGAGAGCGGCCUGGACACCAGGAAGUUGGGCCCAGGACCCCAGGACUGGGCAGAGAUGCCAGAUGGCCCAUGCCACCUUCUCCCAGCUCCUCCUACAGGAUCAGCGUGGCAGGCUCGGAGCCCACCGUGGUGCAGGGAGCCCCGGGGCAGUCGGUGCAGCUCUUCUGCCCCAGGGCCGCCUCCCUAUCCCCGCAGGCCGGGUGGCAGAAAGACGGCCAGCCCAUCUCCUCUGACAGGCACCACCUGCAGCCUGACGGCUCCCUGGUCAUCAGCCCCCUGCGGGCAGAGGACGCUGGCAGCUAUAGCUGUGGCGCCAGCGGGCCGGGCCGUGACUCCCAGCACAUCCAGCUCCGCGUCACAGGCGCUGACGAGGCCGAGCCGAGCUACUUCCCGCGGGCCAGGGGCCCGGCCCAGGGCCACGGUCCUCGGGGCUCCGCUCCAGGGGGCGAUGCGGGGCGCCCCGGGGCCGUGCCCUCCGCACAGCCUCGGCCUGCAACCAGGCUGCGCCUGGACCGGACCCAGCCCGGGGCGGUGGACGCCAGUCCGGGCCAGCGGGUGCGGCUGAGCUGCCGCGCGGACGGCUUCCCGCCCCCCGUCAUCGAGUGGCAGAGAGACGGGCAGCCCCUCUCCUCGCCCAGACACCAGACGCAGCCAGAUGGCUCUCUGGUCAUCAGCCGAGUGGCCCCGGAGGAUGGUGGCUUCUAUGCCUGUGUCGCUUUCAACGGGCAGGACCGAGACCAGCGCUGGGUGCAGCUCAGAGUCCUGGGAGAGCUGACGAUCACGGGGUUGCCCCCUACGGUGACAGUGCCAGAGGGGGGCACAGCCAGGCUGCCUUGUGUGGUGGGAGACGGAAGCGUGAACAUCAGAUGGUCCAGGAACGGGCUGCCAGUGCCGGCCGCCGGCCGCCGCGUGCACCAGGCCCCGGACGGCACGCUGCUCAUCCACAACCUGCGGGCCCAGGACGAAGGCUCCUACACGUGCAGCGCCUACCGCGGGAGCCAGGCGGUCAGCCGCAGCACGGAGGUGAAGGUGGCCGCGCCAGGGUAGGGCCAGGGUCAUCGUUACCCAUCACUCCACACGAGACUGGAGCCCAGAGAGCUGCGUGUUCCCACCAGCCGCACAGCAGCAGCGGCCCAGCCGGGCCUGGAACCCAGGUCUCUGCACGCCUCCGUUCAUUUGUGCAUUUUCCCUGAACGGCCCCACUUGUAAAGGAGUGCAAUUUUAUGUGCAUUACUCGGUGUCUGAUUCUUUAGCCGUGCAUUGCCUGUGCCUGCUGUUGGUGAGCUGUAUUAACGAAUCCAAGCGCCAUAUUGCAGGGUGUUCCCGUCAGGGAGAAGGUGCUGCCCGUUAACCGGCACAGUGCUGAGACCUGUCCGUUAAGACGCAGAUUCGAGAGACGUGAAAAGCGCAUCUGGGAACCGGUUUAACGUUCACUUGCUAGAGCUGUUCACACAAACGGGGCCCUGCGGCCUUCCCUGCCCUCAGUCCUUGGUCCUAGUUCACUGAGCGGUGAGCAGCUGGGCCACGCAGCGGGUCCUUACAGGCUGGUGCAGACUUGGGGAGGUGCCGGGCCGUUUCUGUCUGGCCGCUCAUGCCGUCCGGGUGCCUCCUGCGCGCCAGCUGAGCGGGGAAGCGGCCAGUGCGUGCAGUUGCAGCUGCGGCUGAAACGUGGCUUUGUGAGUAGGACUGAGCUCUUUAGGCAGGGGCUGAGGCUCCAGGGCACAGCGUCACGAGGUGAGUGCACGUGCAAAGCGAUGGCCCUGCCCCAGGGAAAGCGCCACGUUGCAGGGACCAUUUCACCACUGUUGCGUCGAUAAUCUCUCUGUGCACACACUAACCGCCCUUGAGGACCCGGAUGCUCCGGUUUGUAAUUAGCGGUAGCUCUGUCUGCCUAGAAAGUCAGAUUGUCAUCACAAACUUGCUGGGUGCCGGUUUGGCGGGGCUCCUGUCCGUGCAUGGUCUGCCAGGCCAGAGGGAUCUGAUGACAGCUGAGUCCUAGACAGGACAUGGCCUCAGUCCUUCACCUGCCUCUGGUGGGUGAACGGUGCUGGUGCUAGGUAGUUUGGGUCGUUUCCUGUAUCUGCAUCCAUCCCUGAUCAGGCUGCAGGUGUCUGCUCUCAGCCUUUCUUUCUCAGGCUCACACACAAUGAGGCUGUCUGAUUGAGGGCUCCUGGGCCC